AUGGAUUUCAGUGAUUCAGACAGGGCUUCUGAUGAAGAUCGAGAAACUGCUUGUAUGUUGGAUACGGAGAGUGAUAGCGAAGACUUUGUGUCGGAUGAGGAAGAAUGCCAUCAGUCUGUUCCAUCAAAACGAAAAAGAGGACGACCAUUUGGAAGCUAUCAACGUGGAGAAACUGAAGAUGAGGACAGUGGGGAUGACCUCAGCCCAGUGCAGGCAAAUGAGGAGGACUUAAUCUCAUUCAGGGAGAAUUUCCAGGCAAUGAGCAGCCUGGAAAGACGCCAGUGGCUUCUGGACUAUCUAUGGAGCCAUUCUCAAUUUGAUGAGCAAUCUCAGUCCUGGGGUUUUAUUUUCAUCCUUGGGACAACCAGUGUGUGCUGUGCAGCAUUUAGAGCUGUGCUGGGGAUACCCCAAUCAACUUUUUAUGAAGUGCGGAGUUUGUUCUUAAAGAAUCAGAAAAGCGUUACAAGUUACAAACGGAAGGGGCGCCAGACAAAAUCUAUGAAGGCCAUUGCUUGGUUGAAACUUUACGCUCAAAACUAUGGAGAAAAGCUCCCAAACAGCCACCACAUUCAUUUACCUCCUUGCUCCACAAAACUCCAUGUAUAUGAGCUAAUGGUAGAGGAAUCGCAGGGAGAUUUUAUGUCACCAGUUUCACUGAGCCACUUCCUUAGUUUGUGGAGAAGUGAAGCUUCAUAUAUAGCCAUACCAAAGAACAACCGAUUUUCAAAAUGUAAUGUAUGCACAGAGAUUAAAAUUAAACUUGGGGAAACCAGAGAUGCACAAGAAAGAAUGAUGCUCCAGAAGAAAAGAGACAAUCAUCUUAAAAAGCAGAACAUAGAGAGACAGAAAUAUUAUAAGCACCAACAGAAGGCCAAAAUGUUUCCUAACAAAUAUUUGUCGCUUAUUAUCGACGGGAUGGAUCAAAGCAAGACUUCCCUACCCCAUUUCGUCCAUGCCAGCAAGUUUACGUCUACGAUGUGGAAGUUACGGGUACAUUUAAUUGGUGUCAUCGUUCAUGGGAUAGGGAUAUAUGGUUUCUUCGACCUAUUCCAGUACAGUCAUUCUACAAAUCUUACAAUUUCCAUCCUUCUGAGUGUGCUCUACUCCAUGAAAGAUUCUCUUCCUGACACCCUUUACAUACAAAUGGACAAUUGUGCCAGGGAAAAUAAGAACAGAUAUCUAUUGGGAUUUAUGUGUUAUCUUGUGGAGAUUGGCUUGUUUCGAAAAAUCAAAAUUUCUUUCUUGAUGGUGGGUCAUACUCACGAAGAUAUUGAUCAGGUUUUUUCCAAAUUUAGUCAUUGGCUAGGUCGCCAUGCGGCUAUGACAUUAAUGAAACUGAUGAAUGGUUUUGAGGCCUGCUACACUCCAGGACCACACAGUAUUAAAACAAACAGAGUGUACAACAUAACGGAAUGGAUAACGCCAUUCCUAAACACCAUAAAAAACCAUUCAAAACCACACGUUUUCAAAAUACUACAAGACGAAACUGGAAAAGCAAAACUUUACUGGAAGAAGUGGUCGACUGAUAAGGAGUGGACAGACAGCAGUAAUUAUUUACUGAAAGAAAACGUUGUUGGGUCUCCCCUUGUAAUUGAACCAGAUUAUUCCGAAAUAGAAGAAAAUCGGGAACGUUUGGAAUCAGACGUUCGAGGGAGCUAUAGAUUUUUCGGAAAAGAGGAUGACAAGAGGUGGUGGGAGAAUUUUUUCAGCUCACAAUUUGAUGACACAGAAGAUGCAUUACAGAUGUCACAGGGAACAGAACCACUUGAACCAACUGAUGUAUAUAACUUCGAUCUAGAAGAAGACUCAGAAAUUCCACCAGUCAUCAUAGGAAAAUGUGCACCUUCAGCGAAAGCUACGGAUAUUGCACCAGGAGAUUUUGUUUGUGCUGAUGUACCAAAAUAUGCUGGGGAAUGGCCACAGUUGGGGAGAAUUGUAUCCGUUGAAUGUGAUUCUGUUCAGUUGCAGUGGUACAAGGGAUCCAGAACCACAGCAUGGACCCCCUGUACUAGGCGAGUGAAGGGCGUAAGGGGGAAAACAGAGCCCUGGAUGGAGAAGAGGUAG